CAAACACAGAAAAAAAAAAUUAAAUUGUUAUCCUUUUCAAAUUUCAAAAACUUCCCCAUUUCUCCUCUUCCGUUUCAGAACUCCAUAACUGCAGCUACUACCUUCUUCUGUUAUUUUCAGCUUCUACUCUCUGCAGCUCCAUUCUCCAUUCUACAUGUGAUUCAAUUUCAAUUCAACCACCAUGUCUCUUCUCAGCAGAUUCUUCUACAAGCGUCCCCCUGAUGGAUUACUCGAAUUCAUCGACCGAGUCUACGUUUUCGAUUCGUGUUUUUCCACCGAAGUGUUGCCCGAAGGAAUGUACCAGCUGCACCUCCACGAGAUCAUCACGGAGCUCCAUGAGGAGUUUCCAGAAUCUUCUUUCCUCGCAUUCAACUUCCGCGACGGCGAGAGGCGCAGCCAAUUCGCUGAAUUUCUCACAGAAUACGAUGUUGUCGUCAUGGAUUACCCAAAGCAGUACGAGGGUGUUCCAAUUUUGCCCCUUUCUCUUGUUCAGCACUUUCUUAGAGUCUGUGAUAGUUGGUUAAACUUAGGGAACCAUCAAAAUGUGAUUUUGUUUCACUGUGAAAGAGGGGGCUGGCCCCUACUUGCAUUUCUACUAGCUAGUUUACUUGUCUUUAGGAAAGUUCAUAGUGGUGAAAAAAGGGCGCUUGAGAUGGUUCAUAGGGAGGCACCAAAGGGUUUGUUGCAGCUUUUGUCGCCUUUGAACCCUUUGCCCUCUCAGCUUCGAUACAUUCAGUAUGUGGCGAGGCGGAAUAUUUCACCGGGGUGGCCACCUCCGGAGCGAGCACUGUCGCUGGAUUGUCUCAUUUUGAGGGCAAUUCCUGGCUUUGAUUUGCAGAAUGGGUGUAGGCCGAUGAUUAGGAUAUUUGGUAGGAACUUGCUCAGCAAGGAUGGGCUUUCCACUCAGAUGAUAUAUUCAAUGCAUAAGAAGAAGAAGAGCUUGCGGCAUUACCGCCAGGCAGACUGCGAUGUGAUUAAGAUUGAUAUUCAGUGUUUAGUUCAAGGAGAUGUGGUGUUAGAGUGCGUUCAUUUGGAUUUGGAUCCAGAAAGGGAGGUGAUGAUGUUUCGUGUAAUGUUUAAUACGGCAUUUAUUCGGUCCAACAUAUUGAUGCUGAAUGCUGAUAACUUGGACAUUCUUUGGGAUUCAAAGGAUCGGUAUCCAAAAGGCUUCAGGGCUGAGGUUUUGUUUGGAGAGGUAGAAAAUGUAAGUCCUCAACGGGCUCCCACAACCAUGCUAAAUGGUGAGGAGAAAGGUGGAUUGCCCAUUGAAGCGUUUUCACGGGUUCAAGAACUGUUUAGUGGCGUAGAUUGGGUUGAUAGUGGUGAUGCUGCUGCUGUCUGGCUUCUUAAACAAUUAACUGUCCUAAAUGAUGUCAAAGAGUUUUCAAGAUUGCAAGGAAAAGGAAGUUGGUAUUCAUCGCCUGCUGACUCCGACGAGGAAAAUAAUGAAUCAAGCACUGCUGAUAGUUCGGAUGAGGCCUUUGAUGUUCCCAGGUUGUCUUCUGAUACUCCAAAAUUAUUGACACCUGACAUCCCUGAUUCAAUCCAUUUAGCUUUUGAGAAUCAUGGUGGUAAUCAUGAAAAUCGCGAUUCAGCAACACCUGAUCAGUCAUUGACAGAUAAUGGACCCUCAAUUUGUCAUGUUCCAAGCAAUGAAUAUUCUCCUUGUUCAUCUCCAUCAUCACCGUUAUCAGUUCCUGCUACACAACCUUUGGUUCCAACUCCAGCACAAGCCCCUCAUCCUCCACCUCCACCUCCACCAAUGUCUAGUGAACAUGAUCCAGUAACUUCAGCCCCACCACCACCACCACCUCCUCCACCUCCAAUAUCUGCAAGGACAGGUUCUGCUCCGCCAACUCCACCUCCACCUCCUCCAAUACCUGCAAGAACAGGUUCAGCACCACCACCUCCACCUCCAAUACCUGCAAAAACAGGUUCAGCACCACCACCUCCACCUCCACCACCCCAACUACCUGCAAGAGUAGGUUCUGCCCCACCACCUCAACCUCCACCUCCUCCAGCACCAAUAAGAACAGGUUCAUCCCCAUCGCCUCCGCCUCCACCUCCUCCACUGCCUACAAGAACAGGUUCUGCCCCACCACCUCCACCCCCUCUACCACCUGUAAGAGCAAUUACUGCCCCACCUGCUCCACCUCCUCCUCCUCCUUCAGCACCUACACCUAGACGAGCAGGUUCAACCCCACCAGCUCCACCUCCACCUCCACCACCUCCAGGACGAGCAAGUUCAACUCCACUACCUGCUCCUCCCCCUCCGCCAGGACCUGUGCGAACAAGUUUAACAUCAGCCCCACCACCGCCACCUCCACCCCCUCCAGGGUCUGUACGAAAAGGUCCUGGUCCACCACCUCCACCUCCACCUCCAGGUGUUCGAACAGUUUCAGCCCCACCAGCUGCACCAAAGCCUCCAAAUGCUCCUCCUCCCCCAAUUGGUCGUAGUGGAACACCUGUACCUCCUCCACCUCCUGCAGGCAGGGCCUCUAGUGUGCCACCACCACCUGGCAAAGGUUCUUUAGCACCAGCAAGUCUUGGAAGAGGCCGAGGUACUGGUGCAACUGUUAAUGCACCUAAGAAAACUAUGUUGAAGCCCCUUCAUUGGGUGAAAGUUGCCCGAGCAGCACAAGGGAGUUUAUGGGCUGAUUCACAAAAGCAAGAUAAUGAAUCAAGGGCCCCUGAAAUAGAUAUAUCAGAACUUGAGAGCCUGUUUUCAGCAGCAUCUGCUUCUGAUGGGAGCAAUGCUAAAGUUGGAGGUCGGCGCGGUUCUAAUAUCAACAAACCCGAGAAAGUACAACUGAUUGACUUGCGUAGAGCAUAUAAUUGUGAAAUAAUGCUCUCCAAAAUCAAAAUUCCUUUGCCAGAUAUGCUUAAUGCUGUUCUAGCAUUGGAUUCUUCUGUUCUGGAUAUUGAUCAGGUUGAGAAUCUCAUCAAAUUCUGUCCCACCAAGGAAGAGAUGGAGAUGUUGAAGAAUUAUAAAGGGGACAAGGAUAUGCUUGGAAAAUGUGAACAGUUUUUUAUGGAGCUGAUGAAGGUUCCACGAGUAGAAUCCAAGUUAAGGGUGUUUGCUUUCAAAAUCAACUUUUCUUCUCAGGUGAAUGAUUUGAGGAAAAAUUUGAAUACAAUCAACAAUGCUGCUAAAGAGGUGAAAGAAUCUGUGAAAUUACGCCAGAUAAUGCAGACUAUUCUUACCUUGGGCAAUGCCCUGAAUCAGGGAACAGCAAGGGGAUCAGCAGUUGGAUUCAAAUUGGAUAGCCUUCUCAAGUUAUCUGAUACUCGUGCAAGAAAUAACAAAAUGACUUUGAUGCAUUAUUUGUGCAAGCUUCUUGCUGAGAAAAUGCCAGAAUUGCUAGAUUUUGACAAAGAUCUUGUCCAUUUGGAAGCAGCUUCAAAGAUCCAACUGAAAGCAUUGGCUGAAGAAAUGCAAGCUGUGAGUAAAGGUUUGGAGAAGGUUGAGCAAGAACUCACUGCUUCUGAAAAUGAUGGUGCCAUAUCUACAGGAUUUCGUAAGGUGUUGAAGAAUUUUCUUGAUACUGCUGAAGCCGACGUGAGGUCUCUCAUAUCAUUGUAUUCUGAAGUGGGAAGAAAUGCAGAUUCUUUGUCCCAGUACUUUGGGGAGGAUCCAGCUAGGUGCCCUUUUGAGCAAGUUACACAAAUCCUUGUUGUAUUCAUGAAAAUGUUUAACAAGUCAAGGGAAGAGAAUGAGAGGCUGGCAGAAGCUGAAAAGAAGAAAUUAGAGAAAGAAGCCAUGAAGGAAAAGGCAGCAGCAAAUAACACAAACUCCAAAAAAGAAAUGGUUAGAUAGAUAUCUAUCUAUCUCAACAAGCGUGAGCCAUGGUUUCUUCAAUUUCUACUAUACCAAAAUCGAAAUACUGAAUUUUGGACCAUCCCAAAUGCAAUUCACUCAUGUCUGCAUCAUGCAUCACUUGGAUCUGUAUAUUCAAUGUCAUAGUUCCUUCUGAUCGGAUCAUCCAAUUGCAUCAUCUACCCUUAUGGCUUGAAGAAUGAGAAACUCAUCAGCAGGCUAGUGAUUCCAUGUAAUUAUAAAUUUAUAACACACGAAUGCUAAUAUAGAAAAUUCUUCUCUUUUUUUUAAUAGGUACUAUAGAUAAUCUUCUUUUACUUAAAUGUUAGUUAUAUAUUAAUAUUGUACUAAAUUGUAAUCUAGUUGUAGGUAAGUUUUUUUAGUUC